UCUAACAUGCACAAAGAAGAAGAUUAAGAGAAAGAUAGAAAUUAGAAAGAGAGUUACUUUGAGUUUAAAAGAUGAUGAUGAACUUCCCAAUUAUUAGCUUGGAGAAACUCAAUGGUGUUGAAAGAAAAGAUACCAUGGAGAAAAUUAAGGAUGCUUGUGAGAAUUGGGGAUUCUUUGAGCUGGUGAAUCAUGGUAUACCCCAUGACCUUAUGGACACAUUGGAGAGGUUGACCAAAGAGCACUAUAGGAAAUGCAUGGAGCAUAGGUUUAAGGAAGUCAUAUCAAGCAAAGGCUUAGAUGUUGUCCAAACUGAGGUCAAAGAUAUGGAUUGGGAAAGCACCUUCCAUGUUCGUCACCUCCCUGAAUCAAACAUUUCAGAGAUACCUGAUCUCAGUGAUGAAUACAGGAAAGUAAUGAAGGAAUUUUCUCUGAGGUUAGAGAAACUAGCAGAAGAGCUUUUGGAUUUGUUAUGUGAGAAUCUUGGACUAGAGAAAGGUUACCUUAAAAAGGCAUUUUAUGGAUCAAGAGGACCAACUUUUGGCACCAAAGUAGCCAACUACCCUCAAUGCCCAAAUCCAGAGCUGGUGAAGGGUCUUCGUGCUCACACCGAUGCCGGAGGAAUCAUCCUUCUCUUCCAGGAUGAUAAGGUCAGUGGCCUACAAUUGCUCAAAGAUGGCCAGUGGGUUGAUGUUCCCCCAAUGCGCCACUCCAUCGUUGUCAACCUUGGUGACCAACUUGAGGUAAUAACAAAUGGCAAGUACAAGAGUGUGGAACACCGUGUGAUAGCACAAACAAAUGGAACAAGAAUGUCCAUAGCAUCAUUCUACAACCCUGGGAGUGAUGCUGUCAUUUACCCUGCUCCAGAAUUGUUGGAAAAACAGACAGAGGAAAAACACAAUGUGUACCCAAAAUUUGUGUUUGAAGAGUACAUGAAGAUCUAUGCUGCUUUAAAAUUCCAUGCUAAGGAACCAAGAUUUGAAGCCCUGAAAGAAUCAAAUGUAAAUUUGGGUCCAAUUGCAAUUGUUUAAUGAAAUUUAAACAAGUAAAAUAAAUAUAGGGUUAAAUAUAUCUGUAAAUGUCUUAUAUUUUGCUUUUAGUCUAUAUACUCACAUUUUAAUCUCUGCAAAAAAGAAAAAACUCACAUUUUAUAGGCUCUAAAGAGAGAGACUAAAAGUAUACAACUUUGUAAACUUUUUUUACGGGUGUACAACUUUGUAACUUGAAGGAUUGAAAAGUGAGUACAUGAUUAAAAACGAAAUUUUAGAUAUUUAUAAGAAAUAGAAACAUAUUUAAUUUUAAUUAUUAUUAUAAUACUUUCUACGAUGUCUUUGAAUUGA